AUGGAGAUGGAGUCAGAGGUGGGGAAUGAGCAGCAUGAAGAACAGCUGAAGGAAAGAAACAGAACGGUGCCGCGGCUCUCGGAGAAGCACGUGCUGAUCACAGGAUGUGACAGCGGCUUCGGGAAGCUGCUGGCACGGCAGCUGGACGCGCGCGGGCUGCGGGUGCUGGCCGCCUGCCUGACCGACAGCGGGGCCGCGCAGCUGCGGGCGGCCACCUCCGACCGCCUCCAGACCGUCCUGCUGGAUGUCACCUCCAGCAAGAGCAUCGCCGAUGUCACCGCCUGGGUCCGGGAGCGUGUGGGUGAUCAAGGGCUCUGGGGGCUGGUGAACAACGCUGGGAUCGUCAUCCCCACCGGCCCAAACGAGUGGCUGACCAAAGAGGACUUUGUCAAGGUGCUGGAUGUGAACCUGCUUGGGCUCGUGGAGGUGACACUGAGCCUCCUGCCGCUGCUGCGGCGGGCGCGGGGCCGCGUGGUCAACGUGGCCAGCGUGAUGGGCCGUGUGUCCUUCUUUGGUGGUGGGUACUGCAUCUCCAAGUACGGCGUGGAGGCUUUCUCUGACAGCCUCAGGCGGGAGAUGCGUCCCUUCGGGGUGCAGGUCUCCAUCAUCGAACCUGGAGGCUUCCAGACGGGAAUUACCGACCCCGCAUCGCUGGGAAAGGUCUUCUUUCACCUCUGGGAGCGGCUCCCGGCAGAAACCCAGGCAGCCUACGGCCACCACUACCCGGACAAAUAUGCCAAGAGCACCACGGUUCUUGCACGCCUGAGCAGCUCUCGGCUGUCGCGUGUCACCGAUGCCAUGACACACGCUCUGCUCUCCCGCUGCCCCCGCAGCCGCUACGCCGCCGGCUGGGAUGCCCGGCUCAUCUUCCUGCCCCUCAGCUACUGCCCGGCCUGGCUGUCCGACACCAUCGCUGGCUUCUUCCUGCCCAUCCCGGCCAAUGGGACCCCCUGAUGGGGACCACCAGGGCGGGGACAUGGACAGGGCGGGUCCGUGGGUGCCUCACGCCCUUGCGAAGUGCUCAAUAAAGGUGGUGCAAUGCUGGG